AUGGAAUGGCUACUGGAGGGCUUGCUUGAGAUUGAAGGAGACAUGAGGCUUUUGUGGGAUCACCUGGCCCAAGUGCUGGCCUGCACACACUGUGGCAGCAGCUGUCUCCUGAGUCCUGGGAACCUGGGAAUCCUAUUGUUGUUUGUAAUAUGGCAGAUCCGGAGGUGGCGGCAGCUGGGAAAGUGGCCACAGCUUCAGUCCUGGUUCUAUGGAGACAUGACCCAAAGCAAGGGCCUACCAUUUCUGUACCAUGUGGCUUUCCUUGAUUGCCUGUGGAAGCAAAAGUUGGAACAGGAAGAGGAGGAGGAAGAGGAGGAGAAGGAGGAGGAUGCAUCUCUGGACACACUGAAGCCAUACUUUCCUCUCAGAGAAAUUCCUGUUGGAAAGCAAACCAUCAGAGUCACAUCUCUUCCAUGUGAUGCCCCAGUCCCAGCCCUCUGUGGUCCUAUGGGCUUCUCCGAAGCAUCAGGGACACCAGAACAAACACUCAAACAGCCCCUAAGCCCUUCCAGAUCCUUUCCUAUCUUCCAGAUCGUGACCAACCUACCUGUGAGACACACAGCAGCAGGAAGCUUCCUGCAGCAGAGAAAAAGUCAACUUUUCUGGGGUCUUCCCUCUCUGCACAGUGAAUCCUUAGAGGUCACCUUCCAGAGCUCAGGUGAUUCUCUCUCUAAACUCCAGAAAGUCUUCUCUGAAGGUGGUCUUUCUUCACCUGAAGGUUUCUGGGGAGCCACAGGAUCUGAGGUUCCAGGGAAGGACAGGCAGAGAAGAGAAAAUCUGUGGGUCUCUGCAAACCCUGUUUCACCUUCCAGAAUCUCCUCAAACUCUGUGCUGGAACCUACAGGAGUAGACCCCCAAGGAGUUCUGUCUGAAUCCAAAGCUUUGCAGGAGAGAGAGAACCUCUGGGCCUCUGAGACUCCAGCCCCCACAUGCAGUCCACCUCUAGACCCCAUUCAAGAGUCCUAUGGAAUUUAUGCUGCGGAAGGCCUCCUAGGAUCUGCAACUACCCUGAAGGGCACUGAGCCUUCUGGUAAAUUCUGGGCUGCCAAGUCUACACGUCUAGUCCUCAGCCGACCUCUAGCUCCUACCCAGGACUCCUUCAGAGUACGCCCCAUGAGAGUGCCCCUUGAUUCUGAGGCUGUAUGUGGGGACAUACAAAAUCCAAAAAACUCUAGGGCCCCUGAAGCUCCAGCUUGCUGCUUACCUGAAGAGCCACAAGGAGAGAGCAGCCAGAGAAUCUCAUCAGAUUCUGGGCUUAUGAGGGAAGUCAUGAAGCAGGGAGGGAACUACUGUGCUCCUGUGCCUAUAGUGAAGACAUGCAGUUUACCCUCAAACUCUGCUUCAAAGUCCCUCAUGAUUGAGCCUAUUGAAGAUCCUAGGGACGAGGAAGUAGUGGAGCCAAGUGAAAAGUCCUGGGUCCCUGAGCUUCCCGCUUCAGCCCGCUGCUCUCUCUCGGCCUCUCCGCUGGAACGACAAGUUGACUCUGAAAUUGUGUGGAGAAACAUGCAGCAAAGAGACACCCACCACGGCUCAAACCCUCCAGCAGUGGAAACCUUACCACUGGAGUGCCGGCCUCCCACUCUAGCUGAAAUUCCAAAGAUGAAGCACAAACAGCCUGACCUACUUAAAGAAGAAAUCUUACCAGAGGUAGAGACUCCAUCCUCCCAGGAAGAGGCUGUGCCAAACAUAACCACGCCCCAUGGACUCCAGGCCUGGCACUGGAGCGGAGACUUGGAAGGAAAGCUGAAGAAUUUGCAGCAGAAAUCUGCUUUCAGAUUUCCUAGGCCAAGAGACGCGUCCUCCCAGUGCACGUACCUGUUCUUCAAAGUGCUGUGUCCAACAAGUGCAGUGCACAAGACCUCAGCCUACCCAGAGUCACCAAAGUUUGGUGACAAUUGUCCAGGCCUAGGAAAGAACUCCAACCCUAAAAUUCUGCCUUUAGACAAGAGGCAGAACGAAGCUUCCAUGCUGUGUUCAGACAAAAAGAGGGAGCAUCUCAAGAAACCCCAAUCAGAUUAUGAAGAGGAUACAGGACUGAGGCCACUCAGGUUCACAGCCAAGCUUCCAAACACUAAGGGUCCUCAGAAUAAGUGUGGGACAAAGAUGGGAGCUGGUGACAUGCCAAACCCUCUGCUCUUGAAGAAGUGUGUCUCCUCUCCAACACUGCGGGCUCCAACUGUCAAUGGUUUCCAAAGAAUGUUAGCAAAGUUACUAGGUACCCCUGGACCCCAAUCCAACAAAUCCAAUGGGGAGCACACUGGUAGUGCUGACCCUCAGUGCCCCAAGACCUGA